ACCUUUGACCAUGUCGACUGUUUCUGCUUCGAAAGCAAAGAGAGAGGCCAAGAAGGCUGCCAAGGCUGCCGAGGGAAAGCUCAAGACCAAGAAGCUGACCAAGAAGGAAAAGGAAAAGCUCGAGUCCGGCGGAGAUGUCUCUUCAGCAGCAGAUGAGAUCGAAAAGCUCAAGUUGCAACAGGACAAGGAUGGAUUGAGUGACAGAGUUACCACAGGUGUGUUAGACUCUUUGGAGACCUCCAGAGAUAUCAAGAUGUCGUCUGUGUCGCUUCUUUUCCACGGUAAAGUUCUUUUGCAAGACUCCUCUUUGGAAUUGAACUAUGGUAGACGUUACGGAUUGCUUGGAGAGAACGGUUGCGGUAAGUCCACUUUCCUGAGGGCUCUUGCCGCCAGAGAGUACCCAAUUCCAGAACACAUCGAUGUUUAUCUAUUGAACGAGCCAGCCAAUGCCUCUGAAUACUCUGCCCUGGACUGGGUUGUGAGAGAGGCCGAAUCUGAGCUUGCUCGUUUGGAAAAAGAAGUUGAAGAUAUUAUUGUCAACGACGGACCAGAAUCACCAUUGUUGGAGCCUCUGUACGAAAAGAUUGAUGAGAUGGACCCAUCCACUUUCGAAGCCAGAGCGGCUGUCAUCCUUACUGGUCUCGGCUUCAACGCUCAGACCAUCAAGAAGAAGACCAAGGACAUGUCUGGUGGAUGGAGAAUGAGAGUUGCUCUUGCCAAGGCCCUGUUUGUUAAGCCUACGUUGUUGCUGCUGGACGACCCUACUGCCCACUUGGACUUGGAGGCCUGUGUGUGGUUGGAGGAGUACUUGAAGCUUUUCGACAAAACUUUGAUUCUUGUUUCGCACUCUGAGGACUUUUUGAAUGGAGUCUGCACCAACAUGAUCGACAUGAGAAUGAAGAAGAUUACCCAGUACGGUGGUAACUACGACGCCUACGUUAAGACAAGAACCGAGUUGGAGACCAACCAAAUGAAACAAUACUACAAACAGCAAGAAGAAAUCCAACACAUCAAGAAAUUCAUCGCUUCUGCUGGUACGUAUGCCAACCUGGUGAGACAGGCCAAGUCCAGACAGAAAAUCCUUGAUAAGAUGGAAGCCGAUGGUCUGAUCCAGCCAGUGGUCCCGGACAAGGUUUUCACGUUCAAGUUCCCAGAAGUGGAAAGACUUCCUCCACCGGUGCUUUCGUUCGACGACAUUUCAUUCGCUUACGACGGAAACCCAGAACACUACCUGUACAAGGACCUUUCGUUUGGAGUCGAUAUGGACUCGAGAAUCGCAUUGGUUGGACCGAACGGUGUGGGUAAGUCCACGCUGUUGAAGCUUAUGACGGGUGAGCUUCAGCCCCAAAAGGGAAGAGUGUCCAAGCACACCCACUUGAAGAUUGGUGUGUAUUCGCAGCACUCUGCUGACCAGCUUGACCUCACGAAAACGCCUUUGGAGUUCGUCAGGGACAAGUUUUCGCACAUUUCCCAGGACUUCCAGUACUGGAGAGGCCAACUGGGAAGAUUUGGUCUGACUGGUGAAGGUCAAACCUCGCAAAUGGCCACAUUGUCAGAGGGACAGAGAUCCAGAGUGGUUUUCGCUCUGUUGGCCCUUGAACAUCCUAAUGUUUUGUUGCUGGACGAGCCUACUAACGGUUUGGACAUCCCAACAAUCGAUUCCCUGGCCGAGGCCAUCAACAGCUUCAACGGAGGAGUUUGUGUCGUGUCCCACGAUUUCAGAUUGCUGGACAAGAUUGCAAAGGAUAUUUACGUUGUUGAAAACCAAACGGCAACCAGAUGGGAUGGUACUAUCGGGCAGUAUAAGGCCAAACUGGCCAAGAAUAUUGUGCUCUAAGUACAAAAUUAAUAAACUCCAUUCUAUUUUUCCGUUUUUAUAUUGAUUCCGUUGUUCAGAUCCCGCAGAUCAGCAGCAAAAAGCACCGAGUGAGCCCAGCCAGCGUACUCACCCCAUAACUGCUUGAAUUUGUCUUGGAUUUGCGCGUAAAGGUCUUUAUUUAAUAGUUUUCCUGGCAUGCGGUAGGUUUUGGUAGCAAUCUUGAAAACAUGAGUGUCCACAGGAACGACAUCGUGUUUAUCCAGGGACAUCAAACACACGCAAUCGGCAACUUUAGGGCCGACGCCCAUGAACGUCUGGAGAUACUCAUGGCACGUUUUAUGGGGUUCCGUUCUCAUCGAGUACAGUUUCGCAAACUCGUCUUUCUUGGUAAGCAUUUGGGCUGUUUGCUGGAUAAACUUUGCUCGGUAGCCAAAUCCAAGCGUACGCAGUUCAGCCUCGACAUUUGGCUGGGCUAAACGCUCAGGUUCAGGGAAUUUGUAGUGUUUGAUCCCCUGGUACUCGACCAAAAAAUCGCCAUAGUGAAUACACAAAUUUUCGCACAUUUUCGAGAUCCGUUUCACGUUGUUGUUGGUUGAGCAGAUAAACGACACAAGGUUUUCCCACGGAUCUUGUCUGAGCAUACGUAUCCCGCCGAAAUUUUCAGAGUUCUUCGUAAAAUGCUUAUCUCUGGAAGCCCAGUCAAGGUACAGCUCCUCGAGCCUGAUAGACAGGUUGAAGUAGUCCAUGACCACCUCCUCCGUGUCCUUCAGGUGCGGGAUAGAUGCGUAGUGGAGAAACGUGUCGUCCUGUUUCAGAAGCAGCACUCUGUUCUGGAUCGUACAGGACCAGAUGUCGUCCACGUAUUUCCAGCGGAAGGCUUGUCCGCAGCGCAAAACUCUGGCAA